AUGCAGAAUGGCAGUAAUUUGCCCAUCGGCGAGGAGAGAGAGUGCCAUUCUCAUGUGAUCUACAAUAUUGCUGAUUGCAUCCGACAGGAUGUGACCAGUAGCUUGGUGGUUGAGCCUCUGAUCCAAAUGCUUAAACCAGAGCUAGAGAAAUGGUUCCGGAAUGCCAGCAAGCUGCGUGGGAACAGGAGCACAGAGCUACAGCAGUUUGAGGAUGUUGCCAGGGUUUUGGGACCACUGGCGGAAAACAGAGCCCUAAUCGGCGGCUGUGAAUUAUACUCCUUCGAACGGCUGGAAAAUGACACACACCACACUCUGCUAGAACUCUACGAAAACGCCUCCCAUAGCGGCAAAGCGGGGACACCUUGUCCAUAUGGGUACGUCUACAAGUACACAUCUUUUCAAUACCAGGGCGGUAUCGUGCAGGAGUGGGAUCUGGUUUGUGAUAAGGCUUGGCAAGUGCCUCUUAACGAGAGUGCAUAUAUGGCUGGCAUGCUGAUGGGCUACAUUUGUGGGGGCUGGCUCAGUGAUCGGAUUGGACGAAGGCGAACUAUGCUCUAUUCUGGUCUGAUCGAGAUUGCCCUUAAUGUGGCUAUCUGCUUCUGCCCAAAUCACUUAACUUACAUCAUUCUGCGUUUUCUGGUCUCCACCUUCUUCACGACUCGAACUUCGGCCUUUAUUGUGCUUCUGACUGAAAUUACCACCGCCAAGUAUCGAUCAAUCUUGUCAGCAAUUGGUACUAUUCUUCAGUUGAGCAUACAACGCGUGCUGCUGGGAGUCUCAGCCCGUUAUUUCACUAACUGGCGUGUGCUAUAUGCCGUAAGCCUGGCGCCCAACGCUCUGGUUCUGUUCAGUCCCCUUUGUUUACCUGAAUCGCCAAAGUGGCUAGCAGCACAGAAGUCGUAUCGCCCUGUUGGUGAAGUUCUAUACUCUGCCUACCAAUGGAACCGUAGAUUCCGAAACGCCUGUUGUCUGGGUUCCAAACCGGAGCCUGUCAUGAAAAAAGAAGAGUUUCUGGACAGACUGGGCAUCAGCGCUCCUUCUAACGAUGCUGCCUCGCGUUUAACUCCAUCUGGAGAAGAACCAGGAGGGAAAACCGACUUCUCGAUCCUUCACCUCUUUCACCGAGGCCUUCGAGGAACCACCAUCCUCACCACCGCUCUCCUGACCUGUCAGAUUACCACCAUGUUUGGCAUAACUUUCUACGCUAGUCAUAUCAGGCAGCACGUCUCCAUGGUCGUCAUUAUCAACGCUCUAGCAAACAUCCCGGGUGCUCUGCUUGCUGCUGCCCUCUAUCGAUUUUUUCGCUACCGCAAGAAACCCCUGGCCGCAGUGUUUUUCAUCACAGUCCUCUUCCUCUGCGCCGCUGCUGUGCACACACUUCUGUUGCAGCCAAAGAGCGAUCACCUCCUCAACAUCCUCACGAACAUCUCCAUCUUCUUUUUUUCCGCCGCGCAAAGAAUGAUCUUUGUCUAUGUACCGGAGUUGUUUCAGCCGCUGUACCGAAACCGUGGCUUCGGGAUCGCGGCUGGGUUGAGUCGAAUUGGAGCACUCUCGUUCCCGCUAAUUAAUCGUCUGGACACAACUGUUCUGCAUGGCCUUCCGCUGGCUGUGUACGCGACUCUCACAGCCUGCCAACUUCUAAUACUCUUCUUUGUGGAGGAUACCAACGGUGAAGGGGUCGUAGUGACCGUUCAAUCUCCGUCUCCAGAUGAUCCAAUUACGGUCCUCGAGGUGACACCUUUGGAAGCGGGGGUUUCUGCAGCGACCGAUCAGAACGUUGGACAGAAGAAGCAGUCCUUGCCAAAAUGA